AUGGCUCCCGGAGCGGGGACGGGUUCUCCGCAGGUGCCGGAAACGGAGUCCAACCUGACCUCUGCAUUGGAGGGCCUGCGACACACCUUUGUCGUGGCUGAUGCCACCUUGCCGGACUGCCCCCUCAUGUUCAUCAGCGAGGGGUUCUCUGCGCUGACGGGGUAUUCUUGUGAGGAGGUGCUGGGGCGAAAUUGCCGCUUCCUGCAGGGCGAGGGCACCGACCCCAAGGCCGUGCAGCGGCUGCGCCAGGCCGUGCGCGGCGGCAAGGCCAUCUGCACGCGCCUGCUGAACUACCGCAAGGACGGCACGCCCUUCUGGAACCUGCUGACCAUGACUCCCAUCCGCGACGGUUCGGGGCGCGUGGUCAAGUUCGUGGGCGUGCAGAUGGACGUCACCAGCCGCACCGACGCACGGUGGCUGAGCGAGGAGGGCGCGCGCAGCGAGGGCACGGCCUCGGAGGAGGAGGCGGUGCCGCACCUGAUCCGCUACGACGAGCGCCUGCGCCGCGGCCUGGCCGCGCCCGUGGUGGGCGAGGUGGUGGCAGCUAGCAACUUUGUGAUCUCGGACCCGACGCUGCCCGACUGCCCCAUCGUGUUCGCCUCCGACGACUUCCUGCGCCUGUCGGGGUACUCGCGCGGCGAGGUGCUGGGGCGCAAUUGCCGCUUCCUGCAGGGCCCCGACACCGACCGCGGCCAGGUGGCGGAGCUGAAGGCCGCGCUCCGCGAGGGGCGCGAAUGCAGCGUGCGCCUGCUCAACUACCGCAAGGACGGCAGCCCCUUCUGGAACAUGCUCACCGUGGCCCCCAUCCGCGACAUGGCGGGGCGCGCGCGCUUCCUCGUCGGCGUCCAGGUGGACGUCACCGCGCACCCCGAGGCGGAGCGCGCCGCCGAUGGCCCCGCCGCCGCCGACGCGGUGAACGCCGCGGGGGGCCUGCGCCUGCGCUCCUUCCAGCGCCUGCGCUCGCUGGGCGCGGGGGACGUGGGCAUGGUGGACCUGGUCAACCUGGUGGGCACGCCCCACAACUUUGCGCUCAAGUCCCUGAACAAGCGAGAGAUGGUGCAGCGCAACAAGCUGGGCCGGGUCAACACGGAGCUGGCGGUGCUGACCAGCGUGGACCACCCCUUCCUGGUCAACCUGUACGCCACCCUGCAGACGGACACCCACGUCCACUUCCUGUUGGAGUACUGCGGCGGCGGGGAGCUGUACGCCGCGCUCUCCACGCUGCCCAACAAGCGGCUGGGCGAGUGCGUGGCGCGCAUGUAUGCGGCCGAGGUGCUGCUGGCCCUGCAGUACCUCCACGUCCAGGGGUUUGUGUACCGCGACCUCAAGCCCGAGAACAUCCUGCUGCUGGAGUCGGGGCACCUGCGGCUGACCGACUUCGACCUGUCCCACUGCGCCAUGGGCACCCAGGUGGACCUGGUGCACCCCCUGGGCCCAGCCGGGGUCGCGGGGACGGAGGGAGGGGAGCGUGGGGGGAAGGGCAAAGGUGUCGCGCCGCCGCCGCCCGACUCCCCCCCGGGCGACCAGCCCCACUGCGCGCCCAACCUCCAAUGCUUCAAGGUGAAGGUGACGGCCUUCACGGGCACCACCCCCGUGUCCGGGGUCGCGGAGGGCCAGCCCCCGCCCCUGCUCAUGGCGCAGCCGCAGGGCCGCGCCAACUCCUUUGUGGGCACCGAGGAGUACCUGGCCCCUGAGAUCAUCGCGGGCGUGGGGCACGGCGCGGGCGUUGACUGGUGGAGCCUGGGCGUGCUGAUCUACGAGAUGCUGACGGGGACGACGCCGUUCCGGGGGCCGCGCCGCGACAUCACCUUCGACAACAUCGUGCGCAAGGCGGUGGCCUGGCCCGAGGACGUGGAGGCCUCGGAGGAGGACCCUGCCAAGCGCCUGGGCUCCGUGACGGGGGGUGACGACCUCAAAUCCCACCCCUGGUUUGCCGGGAUCAACUGGGCCCUGCUGCGACACAGCGGGCCGGUGGACCUUGCCGGGGUGUGGGGGGACGCGGGUGGCGAGCCGGCAGAGGCCCCGGACGCCAGCACGCCCAAGGUGGGGAGCUGGUCCGACAGCGACAUGCCGCCCCUGGAGUAG